UGUGCCUGGAAUGGAUUCUACAGCAUUAGGUAGUGUUGCUGUACUAACGGAGAGGCGGAGCAAGGAAACAUUGGCUUCUUAAAAGUCUACACGAGUAUGGCUACUGAUUCAUGCGAUAGAAAAACCUCUAGUCGCUGUGAUUUUAAUGAUCAAGAGGACGGUGGAAAGGAUUUAUUUCCUGUGAUGUCUCCAAAACACAAAUCUAAUGCAAGUGCUGGUGAUAGAGUAAAGAAAAGAAAAACCAUCACCAUGGGAAAUAAAGUAGAAAUAAUAAAGAGAUCAGAGAGAGGUGAAACAUCAUCAUCCAUUGGCAGAGCAUUUGGUUACAGUCCGUCAACAAUCGCAACAAUUUUAAAAGAUAAAGAUAGAAUAAUGGAUCAUGUGAAAGGCAAUGCCCCAAUGAAUGCAACGAUUAUUACCAAGCACCGCAGUGGUUUAAUUAGCAAGAUGGAAAGGCUUUUGAUAAUUUGGAUAGAAGACCAAACUCAGCGUAAUAUGCCUAUCAGUCUUUGUUUAGUGCAAGAAAAGGCUCUAAGCCUUUUCAGGUAUUUAAAAGCUGCCCGCACAGUAAAUGCAGGUGAUUGCAAUGAAGAAUUUGUUGCAAGUAGGGGUUGGUUCAGUCGUUUUAAAGAAAGGGCAAAUUUGCAUAAUAUUAAAGUUCAAGGUGAAGCAGCAAGUGCCAGCGUACAUGCUGCAAGUGAUUAUUCCAAGAUUUUGGAAGAUAUUAUUAACGAGGGAGGUUAUUUGCCAGAACAAAUUUUUAAUGUUGACGAAACUGGCUUGUUUUGGAAAAUAAUGCCUGAGAGGACCUACAUUUCGAAAGAUGAAAAAAGUUCACCAGGACAUAAGGCACCAAAUGAUAGGCUGACUUUAUUAAUUGGGGGUAAUGCAUCUGGAGAUUUCAAGCUCAAGCCUUUGCUAGUGCAUCGCUCCCUAAAUCCGAGGGCACUACGCAAUGUCACUAAGGCAUCUCUUCCUGUUAUUUGGAGGGCAAAUACAAAGGCUUGGGUUACAGUUGCUGUCUUUCAAGAUUGGUUUUUGAACCAUUUUAUCCCUGCUGUUAAAUGCUAUUGCUUGGGCAAAAACAUUCUUUUCAAAAUUCUCCUUGUCCUUGACAAUGCCCCUGGACAUCCAAAUACUUUAGAUGACAUUGACCCCAAUGUAAAGGUAGUAUUUCUACCCCCCAACACCACAUCACUACUUCAGCCAAUGGGUCAGGGAGUCAUAGCUUCCUUUAAGGCUUAUUACUUACUGAGGACCUUCUCACAAGCUGUCAGGGCAACCCAAAAUGAUGUGAUGACCUUAAGGGAGUUCUGGAAGAAUUAUAACAUUUAUGAUGCCGUCAAAAAUAUUGUGGAGUCUUGGGAUGAAGUGAAAGAGUCAAAUAUGAGAGGAGUUUGGAACAAAUUGUGCCCCCAAUUCACAGAGUUUCUGGGGUAUACAGGUGCGGAAAUCGCCAAAACCAUGCAAGCUGUGGUUGCUAUUAGUAAUCAACUGCAGUUGGACAUCAAUGAAAACAAUAUCAUAGAGUUUCUCGAGUCCCAUGGCACAGAACUAACCAAUGAAGACCUUAUGGAAUUAGAACAGCAGCUGAUGGCAUCUAAGGAAGAAAACAGGGAUCUAGAAACUCCAGAAUUGAAAAAGUUUUCUACAAAAGUGUUAGCUGAUGCUUUUCGUCUCAUUGAAACAGGAAUGGCAAAGUUAGUCUGAUUCCGAGAGGUUCACUGAAGUUUACCGUACAGUUACUGAAGGCCUGAGAUGCUACAGGGCCAUUUAUGAUGAGAAAAAGAAAAGCUCUGUAAAAACCUCCCUUGAUGCCUACUUCAAGAAACUAACUCCAGCAGCAGAAUCAGACCCUGACUCUCUAAUACUAGUCCCAUCCUCUCCAACAAGGCCAUCAUCUUCUACAUCAUCCAUGAUUGUUUAAAGGAGAAUUUAACCCCCUAAUUUGCAUCCCCCAUCCCCUAAAUAGGCCCCUCCCUCCUCCCCCCUGGCCUACAUGGCACCCUGGGCAAAUGCCCCUAACUUUCUACUUACCCCUCCUUGCAGGUCCUGUCCAGCGGAGUUCACAGCAGCCAUCUUGUCUCCUUCGGUCUUCUUCCAGUAGUGAUCAGCAUUUUCGGUCGCGCGCGUAGUUGGAGGAAUCUUCCGUUGAGGAGCUACUGCGCCGAAAGUCACAGUAGAAAGUUAGGGCCAUAUGCCCAGUGUGCCAGGUAGGCCAGGAGGGAGGGGGGCCUAUUUAGGGUAGGGGGGAGGAUGCAAAUUAGGGGGUUGAAUUCUCCUUUAAGGUUGUAAACAGUACUGUAUUUGAAAAUGUUGAAAGUUUUUAUAUGCACAGAAAGGUAAAAAAAAUCUCAAGUUUAGACAAACAUCUGUCUAUGUUGGAUUUAAUAGGUAAAUGUACCUGUUCCAACUUACAUACAAAUUAAACUUAAAAACAAACCUACAGACCCUAUCUCGUAUAUAUAUCCCAGGGACUGCCUGUAUUAUAUUUUCAUUACUUCAAAACACUUUCAUUUUUUGGUGUUACUGUUCCUUUAUAUUCAAUCAUUGCAGCCCAGUAGCUUAUAUUUCUGUUUGUAUUUCACAGCCUGUAUUAUUCACAUGGUUUGGUAACUUAACUAAAAGGGUAGAUUUCACUAUUUAAGACCUUAGAUAUUGCUUGAAUGCAGCAAUAAUAACACCUGGUCUGACACUACACUUUGAUAUGGGCAGUAUGUAUAUAUAUGUAUUUAUCGCUCACAUGAAGGAAAAUGUGUAGUAAAGUUUUAUUUAGCUUUUUUUACCUGUAUUGAUUUUACUUAAGGUAGCCAUGUGCAAGCCAAGUCCCCAGAGUUACAUGUGUAUGCGUCCCAAUAGCACUUUUGCCAUAUUCUGUGAUCUACUUGGGACCAGUUCUUCUCCAACUGGAGCACAAGUUGGUCUGUUGAGGGACUACAAGACAGAGAAAUAAUAGAGUCUGGCAUAACUACCAAACCGUAAUUACCAUACACUAUCAAAAUACUUAUGUUUAUUAUCUACAGGUCUAUAUUGACCUUUUAUCUUAAAAAAUGUGUGUGUAACAUUCAGUUCAUUUUAUUUUUGUAUUAGUGUUUUCUAUGUUUUCACUACAAAAUCAAAGUGUUUUGAAUGCUAGAAUGGAAUGGGGCUUUCUGCAGUUCAUAAGGGUUAAAUAUAAAUGGCAAAAUAAAAUGUAAAGUGUUUUAGUGCAAUAGUUUUCAUAAAACAUAAUAAAGUAUAUUUUUUAAUACUUUGUGUUAAUUGUAAGAUUUGAUAACUGUUAUACAUUUAAAGUGCUUAUAAAUGUAGUAUUUAGUAGCAGCAAUAUUUGUAUUAUGUCUUUAUAUGUGAAAAAAUAAUUCUAGACAUUAUUACUUUUUAAGGAGCAAACAAAGCCCUAGCAAUAGAUGUGCCAUGUGUCAAUAUAAUGCACAUGAAAACUAUAAACUUAUUACCCGAUACCAUAUAGCUGCACAGACACAGACUAAGUUAUGCCUCCUAUUUUCCACAAACAUGUACCUUUCAUGUUCCAGUUCUCGGGCUUUUUGACUGUGUUUGGCAUGCUCAGGCUCCCUAAGUAGCCUUCAAAUCUGGAUGAUACCAAGGGGAUAGCGGCCAAAUAUGCUAUUUUCAAAUUAUUUGGGAUGAAAUGUAAAGCUGGCUACACAAACUUAGUUGCAAUAUAUUUAUCCUAUCAUCCAGUAUAAUCGGCAAAAUAGUUCAGCAAUUUGGCCAUACAUAGGUAGCCAAACUAUUGAAUGUUAAAUUUUCAAAUAACGUGACCUACCACCAGUCCACUCUGUGUUUUUAAUUAAAUGUCAUUUUAUAGACAUGGUCCAGCACUACAAACAAGGGCUGUCUGUUGUGAGUCUAUGGUGUUUGGCAGCGUGGUUUUAAUUAAUUCUAAAUAAAAGUUAUGUUUUAACACACUGAAUGUGUUCUUUAGCUG